GGCCGGUCGUCCCGCGAAAACGCAACGAACACUGCGGCGGGCGGCUGCUCAAUCCUCAACCGACCCACACUUUGUAUUUGGAGCAGUGCGGAGCGGUUCGGUGGCGGUUCGUGUCUGUGUGGUGUGGUGUCCUACACUUGCCGGUCGAGUGUUAGCGAGUUUUUUUGUUUCUGUGUUGUCGUUUUGACUUCGGUGAGCCAUGUCAGGAAGGGGAAAAGGAGGCAAGGCUAAGGGAAAGGCAAAGUCUCGAUCAAAUAGAGCAGGUCUACAGUUUCCUGUAGGACGAAUCCAUAGGUUACUUCGUAAAGGAAAUUAUGCCGAGAGAGUAGGAGCAGGUGCACCUGUUUAUCUAGCUGCAGUAAUGGAGUACUUAGCGGCCGAAGUAUUGGAAUUGGCUGGUAAUGCCGCUCGUGAUAAUAAAAAAACCAGGAUUAUUCCGAGGCACCUUCAGUUGGCUAUUCGCAAUGACGAGGAAUUGAAUAAAUUGCUUUCUGGAGUUACAAUUGCUCAGGGUGGAGUUCUGCCUAAUAUUCAGGCUGUACUUUUGCCUAAGAAGACUGGACAAUCAUCAGGACCAAGCAAGGGAAAAUCGAAUGCAUUGUCACAAGAAUAUUAAGUUUACACAUGCUCUGCUGUUAUGUAUUUAUUAAAUGCCAUGUCACCACAAUCAUGUUGCAGAACAUUGAAGAUGUGUUCAAUAUGGAACUUAAAAUGCCUCAAGUUACUUUCAGUUGUUUUUUUUGUAUAAUCAUUGUUCGUUUCUUCAUUCUUUUAUAAUAAAAUUUUUAAAAUAAAAAGUUGAAUAUUAUUUCCCCAAGUGAAUUGCAUUCCAGACAUAAUCCAAU